CUUUAGCAGUACAUGGAGAAGUAGCGCGUGUGACUGGAUGUUUUAAGGAUUUCCUUGGAACAUUCGCUAAGAAAGUGUCGUUUUUCAAACAAAAAUUACUUUGAAGUCUUUGAACCCCAGCACCUUGAACACAUUUGAUCAGGUGAAGGAAUGAAGAUCUUGAUCUUCUGACUGGGGCAGAAGAGAAUGUGUGCUUAUUAAAGACCAUCUCGUCAUUAGAGGAAAAGAGUUGCCAGGUGUUGGAGUACUCGGGGAGGCGUCACGGCAAUACACAACCCGAAUGGCAUGCUGACCUUUCAGAAGAUAAGCAUCAGAAAUCUAAUAGGAGACAGGCUUGGAGAAAGGGCUGCAUAAAGUUAACAUCGGGAUACAGGCUGCUUUGUGAACCCUUUCGGCUGUGCCUGACCUCUAUGCGCAUCCCCCUCCACGUGGACACCAAGGACUCUUGGGCUUUUCAUGGGUCGUUACUUGGCAGAGCUGGAAGCCAGGCAUCAGUAGUGAGAGCCAUGGACACUGCUCCAGUCCCACCGCCACCAAUCCUCCCUCCACCCCCUCCGCCCCCUCCCCUGCCGGCCCCCACUGCUACCCUCAGCAGGCUGGGCCCAGCACGCCGGCACCGACUCCGUAACCUCAACUGGGAAAGCAUCCCCAAGGAGAGAGUGGUAGGCCGCAGAAGCGUAUGGAGUGGCUCUCUUGGUAGUGAUGAUGACGAUGAUUUCCCCAUUGAUCUGCGCUCACUAGAUGAACUCUUUGGCCAAAAAGACGCCUGUAAGCCAGAGAGAGCCGACAGCCUAAAACGCAGCCUGCGGCACUCUGGGUCCCCGCAAGAGUCUGCUGCUGACAAGGUAUCCCUGCUUGAUUCAAAGCGCAGUAUGAAUCUUGGAAUAUUCCUACGACAAUUCAAAAUCGCGGUCAGAGAGAUUGUAGCAGAUGUGCAGAUGGGUUGCGGCGAGCGCUAUGGAGCAGAAAAACUGACUGAGCUCUGCAAACUGUUGCCUGACAGUGAAGAGGAAGCACGGUUGAAAGGGUUUAAUGGAGAACGUAUCAUGCUAGGAGAGCCAGAUCUGUUCAUGCUCUUAUUGGUGGAAGUACCAAACUUUCGCCUGCGUCUGGAUGCCAUGAUCCUGCAGCAGGAGUUUGACCCUGCCGUGACCUCUCUCUGUGUGGCAGCCAGAUGUUUAGGGGAAGCAGCCCGAGAGCUGCUGAGCUGUCACAAGCUUCACUCUAUCUUGCGCCUGGUUCUAAAGGCAGGGAACUAUAUGAAUGCUGGAGGUUAUGCAGGAAAUGCGGCAGGCUUCAGGAUUGCCUCCCUGCUCAAACUGGCUGAUACCAAAGCCAACAAACCAGGCAUGGACCUCCUCCAUUUCGUCGCCAUGGAAGCUGUGAAGAAGGAUGAGGACUUGCUGACAUUUCCAAGUCAUUUGAAUCAUGUCAGUCCAGCUUCAAGGUUGUCAGAGGAGUCUGUGCUGGAGGAUCUGUCACGGUUACGUAGCAGAGUAGCAGCACUGCGAAUCGGCGCACAGGCACAGGCAGAGAUUAAACAGCAGACAAGACUUUUCCUGGAGGUUGCAGAUGUAAGGUUAAAGGAAGCCCAGGAGGAGAUUGAUGGUUUACGCAAGACUAGCCAGGCCUUAGUGGAAUUUUUCUGUGAGGACGAAAGCUCAUUCAAGCUGGAGGAGGCUUGUCGCAUUUUUCAUUGCUUCUGCCAUCGCUUCCAAAGAGCUGUGCGGGAGAACACAGAACGGGAGCGGCAGGAACAGCGGCGAGUGGCACGAGAGCGGGAGAGCAUGGAGAAACUGCGCUUGCGGGCAGCAUACAGCAGCCUUGAUGAGUCUGAUGACCUGGAGCGCACACUGACACGGAACCUGAGCUACACCUGGAGCCGCCGCAGCCUCCGGAAACACAAGCAGCAAGUUCCCAACCUAAAGGAAAAGAGUUUGGACUCCCAGCAGUCCUUUGAAUCUGCAGGCCAAGAUCUUUCGCAGGUCCUCAGUUCAGAGGGCUGUAAUGGAAGCUUUAUGCUUAGCAGAUAUGUGCUAAUUAAGGACUGCAAUAAUGCUGCAAGUGGCAAGAGUGGAAUAAAAAUGCAUGCCAUGCUAGAAGAUUAUGCAUUCAGAGGAGACCCCAUAUACAGCCUUCAUGGACAUAUGGUGGUUUCACCGCGCAACAUGAAGAGCCAAGAUGCAUCUUCUAGGUUAGGUCCAGAGGGAGUACCCAGUGAUUCUCCGGAAGAGUCCGAUAUUGCAAAACAAAAGGAGCCAAUGAAUGCCUCAUGCCUCACACAACUUUCUAAGGUGUUGAAAGUUGAGACACAGGUUCACACCACGUCUGAAAAGCUUACACAAGUGAUGCCAGACACUACAGCAAAAGCAGAGAAACCAGACUAUGUGGAUGCUGCUGAGGCUAGCCCUCCACAACUGCUGUCAGAGACUAGAAUGGCUCUUAAGGUUGAUACUGAGAUGCCUUCCAGGCCAAUGGCAGAGUUGUGGCUGGGGUCCUGCCUUCCCCAAGCCACACCACAACUUGCCCAGGAGUUAAAUCCAACCUGCCUGGGCAUAGAUCGAGCGUACCCACGGUUGGGAGAAACUGUAGAGUGUCACACUCUAGUGAAGGGCCUGCGUUCAUAUGAGGCCUUUACACCUAGUGGGGUACGGCCAGCCCCCAGCCACUGCUCCAAAUGGAGGAAGGAGCUGGAGGCUGAGGAGAGAGAUGUGGCCAGCUCUCCACAGCCAAAGGAGGACCCACGAGCUUUAAAAGCACUCACUCGGGGCCCCACCAAAAGAGGACUGGCAACCCGAAGUGCACCCUCAAGUAGCACAGGCAUUCCAAAAGUGCAUGCCAAGGCGGAGUUGGGUCUCGUUGAGGGACCACCCACUUCUCGUGCAUCACGUCUUACACCUGCACGACCCUCUUCGACACGCACAACACCAUCCACACGGCCCACUGGCAUCCAGAGUGAGCUCACGAGAACUAGCAGUGUGCGAGACAAGACUGGCACUCAGGUUGACCUUCUAGGAAAACAGGACCGGCAGCUUGCUGAGAAAGCUGGCCGGGAUAAAGACAGGGUCCUCCCUGGGCGUGAGCCAUUCUUUAGAGGCUCACCACUACGUGUGUCAAAGCGGCUCGCGCCCGUCUCUGAGUCUCAGAACUCAUGCCAACCUCGUACAGUCCAUAGCCCGACAGCAGCUACAAAUGCGAAGACAAUCCGGACUGCUGUGAUUAACGCAGCUAAAAACAAAACAACCAAGAAUGCAGAGGCUGCCUCCCCCAAAGCAAUGCCAGGAACAAGAGGUGUUGGCACUAAAAUCCCACGGUCUACCACUCAGCCAAUGUGGAGAUGAUAUUGUUCAAACGCUUUCAGUUAGUGACAUUGACAUUACUGACUAAAGUGAUCACUUGAAGCCUUCAGUUACUAGUGAUACACCCACACACCAGAAGGGUAGUGUUUAGGGUGUGAUUUAUGCCUCUCCUGUGUAGGCAUUUUGAAUUAAUAGAGAGAGGCAUUAAAUGUACCCAUAUUCCUUGUUGCACUGAAGUAUAAAUAAUCAAUUUAGUCCCAUCACCCAGGUCUGUCUCUGUCAAAAGUUUCAAUAGAAAAAAAAAAAGAAGCUAUUAAUUGUUUUGUCCUCAGAAAGGCCUGAGACCAGUGCACUGAAACAGAUCCUGAGGAGGACAUUCACGCCUCUGAGUCUUCCCUGAGCCAAGUGUUGCACUGAGAUUUAUCCAUAACCUUUCAGCACAGUGACUAGUAAUGACAUGGAAACACUCAAUAUAGCUGGGCGCAGCACUGCCUUUAAAUUUGCACACUACCUCUGAACACUGGCAUGCCCUGCACAGGCUACAGAGUGUCUUAGAAGGGAGCUUGAAAGGAAUUGCUGCAAGGACAUUGUCACACUACCCCUUUUACAUUUAACAGACUAGCGUUGACCAGCAUAUUAAAAGUGGGGUUUUUUGUGUGUGUGUAUGGGUGUGUGUAAUUUUCAGCUUUUUUGUGUUGUACUGAUAAUUAUCACGUGACAAGUGAAAAUGUCAAAGCCUUAAAAUGAGACAUGGCACUGUUGUUUAAGGACCUGCCAUAAAUUAAAUAAUUAUUUUUAUACUUCAUGAUGUAUGUGCUGUACCUUUAUGGGCAGAGUCCACAUAGAACCACUUUAUAGUGACUGAGUAGUUUAGUUGACUACAGAAUUAUUCAUUAUAAGAUUAAAAUAAAAAUAAGUUAAGGAUAUGUGAAGGUCUACUCUGUCAGUCUUAAAGUCCCAAAGCUGCAUGAGAGAUCCUGCCAUGUAUGAGUUACUGCUUGUAUUGGACAGCAGUGUAUAACCACUGUCUGUCAUUAAGGGACUUGCCUUUUUACUUGUUAAUUCUCCUCAACCUGAUGCACUUUACAGACUAAAGGGAGAUUAAUACAAGUUGAAUGCUACAUGGUGAUGCUGUGUUUUUGUGUUUGAAAUGUUAACACAAUCAAUCUCCACUGUAAUAUUUGUAAAUAUAAAAAUAUGAAAUAAAGGUGACAAUGACAACUUGGA